AACAAACAAGCAGGGCUUGAUCGAAAUGUAAGUGUUAUUAGUAAUGUUUCGCGAAUGCGGCUGCUUUUAUCUAACUAAUACGAUUGUUUGUAUGAAUUUGGUGCCUGGGUGGAGUUUAGAUGUGAAUCGGUUAAAAGUCUAAACGCUUCCUUUCCUCAAACAAACCUAUUACUUCUAAACUCGCAUGAUCUCCAUCUCUCUGGUACCCACAUGAGCGCAGUCUUUUAUUCUCGCUGGGCCAAGCGCCAUGCCUGACCGGGAUAGCACUUACCUGGCAGGUGGUGGUGGGGGAGCAAGUGGGACUGGAGUGGGUACCGGGGUUGGAGAGGAGAUCGGUUCAGGGUCGGGCCUGGGCGGAGGGGUAGGAGAGAGUCGAACGACAACGGGAGGCGGUUCAUCAGGCUGUGGAGGAGGAAACACAGGUACCGGCGCGAUGGGAGGAGGCGGGGCAUUAGGAAAUGGGAACAGCUGCAGUGGCGGUUUAGGACUCGACGGCGUUUGCCGGGACUUUUUGCGGAACGUGUGCAAGCGCGGCAAGCGUUGUCGCUUUCGCCAUCCGGACUUCAAUGAAGUUCCCGAUCUGGGCGUCCAGAAGAACGAGUUCAUAUUCUGCCACGACUAUCAGAACAAAGAGUGCGUGCGCACCAACUGCCGAUUCGUUCACGGAUCCAAAGAGGACGAGGACUAUUACAAAAAAACUGGCGAGUUGCCUCUGAGACUGAGAGGAAAGGUGGCGGCCGGGCUCGGGUUGUCACCGACCGAUCUCCCUUUGAGCCGUGGCGAGGUGCCCAUGUGCAGAGACUACCUAAAGGGUGAGUGCCAGAGAGGCAAUAAGUGCAAGUUUCGCCACGUGAGAAAGGACUAUGACUAUGAGGCCUCGUCGAGGGUGGGGGUCGGGUGCAUGAUGGGUGUUACGAGUGGGGUAAGUGGGAUGGUCAAUACGGGUGGAGCAGGAACAGGAGGGGUUGGAGUUGCCUGUGGUGGGAUGUCUGGGCUAGUUGGGGGCGGUGUAGGUAGCUAUAUGGGGAUGGGAUGCCCCAGCAUAGGUGGAUGCCGAGACCAAGGACUGACGGGUGGAGGAGGUGGUGGUGGCCCUAUAAGUGGCUGCAUGUCGAUGGGAACUGCAGGUCAUAGGCGAUACGAUAGGGUGUAUGACCCAUUGUUUGAAAAUGGGAUGUUUGAGGCUGGGCCGGUAGAAGCUCCUGUGGACCACACGACCCUUCAGCUAAAAAGACGGCGCUUGGAUGGUCUAAGAUUUGCCGAUGGGGUCGGCGGUGGACAUUAUGACCUGGGAGUUCAAACCGCACUGCCAACUAGACCACUGGAAUAUCGCUUACUAGAGGAGGAGAAUGCACUACUAAGAAAAAGAGUGGAGGAGCUUAAGAAACAGGUGUCCAAUCUCAUUGCCACCAAUGAGGUCCUCUUAGACCAGAACGCUCAGUUCCGAAACCAGGCUAAAGUAAUGACUCUGUCCUCAACCCCAGCUCCGUCCGAGCAGAGUCUGGCUCCCCCUGUUGGUUCGGUGAGCUCCUACAACCACGGCAUUGCCCAGACUCACACCACUCUCAGCAGUGCCGGUCUCCAGCCACGCCCUGUGACCCAACAAGAUCUGGUGGCCCCAUCUGGGGCUCCGACCGCCCCUCCGUCUAAUGCUGCACCCCCUACAGCGCCCCCUCCUCAUUUGAACCCCGAUCCCAUCUCGGCCGCGCUCGCUCAAACCAUUGCCCAGGGAAUGGCGCCACCUGUUUCCAUGGCCCCUGUAGCGGUUUCGGUGGCACCGGUUGCGGUGUCGAUGGCCCAGCCGUUGCCUGGUAUCACGAUGAGUCACGCCACCACACCGAUGGUGUCUUACCCCAUAGCCAGUCAGAGUAUGAGAAUCACAACUAUACCUCAUUAGCAUGAUGCUAAUGUCUUCAGCAAUAUCUACAUGCUUGUUUUUCUUUAUAUGAGUUGCAAAAACCCUUUUGUUUUUGGUGAUUGUGGUGGGAUAUAAGUUUGACUGAUUUGAAUUUUUAGCUUUCUGUAUAAGGAAAUUACAGAAACUCGUGAUUUAGGUUUUUUCGAUAUUUUUAGUGCGCCAUUGCUCAAACCAGAGAGCAAAUGUUUGCCAUACGGACUUCUUUGAGAUUGGCAUCAUAAAUCUCUACUUUCCACUUGGACGUUUAGAAACACUCUCAUUUGAACUCCUUUUGAAAGAUGUAAAUAUUGCACUAAUAAUGACUACAGAAUGAUUGUGGAUUAACUAUUAGGGUAAAUCAGACUUUUCUUUCAUAGUUUGUUAUGUGAAUUGUUUUGUGUAAACCAAUUGUUGGUCUUUCAGUAAUUAAACAUUAUCAAUUUCCGUUUCAAACAACAGAAA